CCUCGUGAAGAUGCUUUUGCCGAGAGUGCUGACUCAGAUUCAUGGCCAUCAGGCUGCCGCUGAUGAAUCGGUAGAUCGGCAUACGAGGACGGACUUUACUCUACCUAUAAACCUCCGGAUUUAAGGACUGUUCCUAUCUAUAUUAUUCCUAUCCCAGAAGCGAUGCCACAGCAAACGCUGCAUGUCCUACUUACGGGAGCCACGGGCUUCGUAGGAGGCACCAUACUGUCAACCCUUUGCAAAGCCCAUCCCGAAGCUCAUGUCAAGGCUUUAGUCCGGCGAGAAGAGGAUGCGAAACACCUACGAUCCAUCCACCAUAACCUCGAGCCAGUACUCGGCUCUCUGUCUGACCUCGAGCUUCUGAGACGGACAGCGGCGAGUGUCGACUUCGUCAUUCAUGCAACAAAAGAGGACUUGGCCGCUGUGCGUGCAUUAAUCGAUGGCCUUGCUUCCACCUUCUCUAAUGGACCACCUACACCGCGCCUCAUCAGCAUCAGCGGGAUUCGGAGUUUGAUUGAUAGGUCACUUCCUGUGACUGGCAUUGCUUCGGAAGACGGCCGUCCGUGGAGUGAUAUCCAGGAUAUCAGCACAAUCCUCUCGCUACCAAAGGAACGCAUUCAUGCAGAGGCAGACCAGUCCACCAUGGCUCAUGCAUCUGCUAGCGGUGUCGGUGCGAUGAUCGUUGGCGCUCCCCAGCUUUGGGGACGAGGCAAAGGCCAUGUAAAGACGGAAGGUGCCGCCGCUACCGCGUACUACGCUGCAGUGAGGAAGCGAGGACGAGCCUUCGUCAUCGGCGACGGAUCCGUUGCAUGGUCGUGGUCUUCUAUCGGUGAUCUUGGGGCCGCGGUGGUCUUCUUGCUGGAGAGGGCACUACUAGACGAUGGCGCAUCUCAUCGAGUCGGUGUGAACGAAGACGGAUACUACUUUGUUCGAUCCGAUGAGGUGAAGAUGAUCGAUCGUGCGAAGGCGGUCAGUAAGCGUCUCGGUCUAGGAGAGGUGGAAAGUGUUGCUGUUGAAGUUACAGCAGAGUUGCACCCGUUUGGCCCAUUGAUGUGGGGAUGUGGUGUAACAACCAGGCCGGAUAGACUUACGGCAUUGGGUUGGAUCCCCAAGGAACUGGAUUGGGAGAUGUUGAUGGAAGAAUCUAUACGCUUUGUUGUAAUGCAUAACGAGUACGCGCACCAAAGUCUCAGCAAGCUACGAGGUUCAAAGACAUUUUCUUGCGGGUUUUCGAAGAGCCAAUGAGACAUGGACCCUGUACAGAUGUAUACGGACGCUU